CGCUCUGAAAAAGUUGAAUGUGAUAAACGAACGUUUCUAAGCGAGUCGAGUCAGCUGAAAAAAGCUUGCAUUUAGUUUAAUACAUCGAAACAUUUUAAUCUUGAUAAGAUAAUUACUUUGAUCAAGUUGUGACCAAAAUGCCCGUAGACCAGAUUCAAUACUCCGAAAGAUAUAAUGAUGACGUAUAUGAAUAUAGACAUGUCAUCUUACCACCUGAUAUCGCUCGGCUAGUGCCCAAGUCCCAUCUAAUGACGGAGACAGAAUGGCGGAACCUCGGAGUGCAGCAGUCCCCCGGCUGGCUUCACUUCAUGGUACAUAACCCGGAGCCCCAUGUUCUGCUGUUCCGGAGACCACGGACGGACAUCCAGCCACCGGUCAACGGGUUAGAUAGUAAUACAAGCUCGACUGUCAAAGUAUAGAUGUAGAAGGUGGGUUUUGUUUAAACUUUGAAAUUGGUUUGAUAUAUUAUAUUAAUGAAGACGAGAGGAGACAUGAGAGAAUCAACAUUGCAUUGACAAUUGACACUUAAUUGAAUUGGCAUUGGUUCUCUUCUCCACUCGGAUUACAACCAGUGUUGUUAGUUGAUUCCCGCAUGUCUUCUCUCGUCUACAUACACAGAGGUAAGGCAGCCUAAUAAUGCAACACAUUAUUUUGUACAUAGGCAUUUUCACUUAAAAGUGUACCAUUUACUUUUUUUCGAAAAUCCAUCAACUUUUGGGUUAUUUGAGGACUAUUGAUUAAAAUGACGGGCAAAGUUGAAGGCACGAGACCUCAGGGCCCUCCUCCCACUAGAUGGUGUGCUCAAAUUACGGCAUCUAUGCAAUUAAAACUGCACGAGGCCAUGCGCUUGGCGAGGAACAGAACCCUAUGGAGGAACCUGAAGGACAUGAUGUCACGAUCCUCAGUAUUGAGGGACCGACUGAAGAAGAUCGAUUAAAAAAAAAGUCCCCAAAAAAUUUCAGUUUUGUAACGCAUUUUCACAUACAAUUUAUAUGAGCCGUUACAAAACUGACACCCAAAAUUUGUAUGAAAAACUGAGGACACUUGUUUCUUUGUCUCAUUCAAUGGUACUCGUGAGUCUAAAUAACCCAAAAGUUGAUGGUAUUUCGAAAAAAAGUUAAUGGUACUAUUUUUUCUGAAACAUGUUCAAUUUUAUGUCAAACUUAUUAUUUGAAAGUCUAAACAAAGCCUAACGCAAAUUAAUUUUAUCAUCCUUGGAAUUAGCAAUAUCAUUUUAAAUCUAAUCAUUGAGGUCGAAUGUUUUACAAGUUUUAUCCAAUAGAUAAUAACUGUGGCAAUGUGAAAAAUUCUCCAAAAUGGCGUGGCUGUGCAGGCACAGACAAGCAGACUAAAGCUGGUGCGUUGUUGUGGCUACGCGCUCAGGCACAAUGGUCACUCGCACGCACAAAAGAACAAGGGCUUUUGGUUAACAUAUUACGGUCUUUGGCGUGAAAAUUAUUUGAGAAGAUUCCAACUAUACGUAUAUGUAUUUGUUAUGAUUCAUUUCCUAACUUAUUGUAUUUGUACAUGUUAAACGACUGAAUAUUGUAGCUACGUGGAGUAUGAAUUAUAUAUGAUUGUAUCGAUGCUGAAUCACGGCUGUAUCGUGACUGUAGCGAUGCUAUGUCGCGAUAGUAGCUAUGCGGUGUUUACGUGUGCCAGGGUAUAUGACCAGCGACAGAAUCGAGACUUAAUUGCGGCCUUUUUGCGACUGCAUCGCCACUGAAUCGCUUUUGCAAAAAGUCGCCGUAUUCUACCUCCUUACACAGAAAAAAAGGUUUAAAAUUCUUGAACGAAGAAAAUUUGAAGGAUGACCGAAAUAAUCU